GAAAUCCAGACAUCACGACCAAUCCAUGUUAAAGAAUGGGCCUUGCGCAUAUGCACGAAAUAGAUGAAUGGUUCCGAUGCAUGAAGCAUUGAGGAUAUGAUAUUGUUUUAAGGCUGAGAGUGGGCUACUUUCACUUUUCUCAAUAUUGGGUCCAGAAAGUUCAACAGCGAUUAUCAAAUUGAUGCAUAUCUACGAGCAGGUAUUGGCUUCCAAAGGAUACACGUUGCACUCGGCUCGAUACAUGAAAUCUGAAUCAUCCAUAGAAAGACUUUUGCAUUGCCAUUGCUUGCUUCUUUCUUCCUCUCUGAAAAUUAACAUAGGUUAUCCUAUCAUUCAUGUUAUCAAAACUUCAUUUCUAUGACCAAGUACGCCAUAUUAGCCUCCUCACUGCAAACCCGCUCAAAGGACUCAAUUCAGAGACGGACAAACUCCCAACUUCCAAAUUUCAUAUCCAGAAAGGGCGCAUUACAUAUCUUGGGGGGCAGCUUUUUUAUUAUCAUAAGGUGGCUUGCUGCCCAAUCAUUCAAAUCUGGUCGUCAUUGGGUUAGACAGACACCCUCAAGUCCCGAAAUUCAAGCACCAUCUUUUUCCCUCUAUCACUAUCUCCAACGCAUUUCUUCUCAUUAGUAUCCGCUUCACCAUGCAUGCCAUUGUACAUUUGAUUCGUCAUGAAAAGGUUAGUCACUCUCCCUAUCCCAAAGUCCAUGUCGGAACAGGAGAAUGAUCAGAGUUAAGCAAGCUCUUUUAGUCUGUGCAUAAGGCACCCGGUGUCUACGAAAGACUGGCCUGUUUCAUGUGCGAUCCAGAUCUGACUAUAGAGGGCCGUGAAAAUUGCCGGAUAUUUGCAAAGAACUUUUCUUCGGAUACUAACUACAUCACUCAUAUAUGGUGUUCACCCAUGAAAAGAACCAUUAAUACUGCACUUUUAUCCUUCAAAGAUGUCAUCGCUAGAGGUGUGAAGGUUCAAGCUAUGGAUUUGCUUCAAAAUCGGGAUGCUUCUGCAAACGGUAUAGGAAUGGACAAAGAAGACCUACAGAAACACUUCGGCGAACAAGUAGAUUUUGAUAAAGUAGAGAAAGGAUGGAAUGAGAAAUUUGUUGGUAAAUGGGCUCCGGGAAAUCAGGAUUGGAAAAUGCCGGCCUUGAAGAUGGCGCUUAAAGAUUUACGGUCCACUACCAAUGUGGCCGAAGUUGUGAUUGUCAGUCAUGGAAGUCUUCUUGAUGAUUUGACUCAUCUGAGAGGUGACUACAGUAGGUUAAGUGUCAAAUAACACCAGGGAUAGAAGGGCUGAUACAUCUGAGGACAUAGGACGUAGUUGGCGUGGUGAAGUCCGCAGCUAUCUGAUCAAUGAUCUCGGGGAACCUUGUCAGUUACUAAAUAGGAAUGCCCUCAAACAGUACAGAUCGCAUGCUACAGACGAUCAGACAAUACCAAAAGCAGAUCAAGAUCUGCCCAACACCAACGAUCCUGACCAGUCGAGACUAGCGGUUGCAUUAAAUCCUUCAGCAUCCAAGGACUCUGGAGAAGCCCUGGUGGAAAUCAACCUGGUUAAUGAAGCCAUUCCACGAACCAUCCCCACAACGGUAAAGAUUCUAGAAACCGCAAAACAACCAGAAAACAAUCCAACUACAUCGGCACAGCCUCUCCAACAAGAUACAACAGCAAUCACACUAAAACGAGUUUGCCCACAAGAGUUCAAAGCAGAACCAAUACACACCUCGAAAAAGAUAUCUAGAGCGGUCGAAGGAACUAACAAAUUAAUGGGAAUUUGGAGCAUGAGCGACCAUGAUAUCGCUAGGAAGGUAAUGAAAAAUGAAUGGAUGUGGAUCAAGGAACAAGUGUCGGUACAAUUAACGAUGAACAAGGCAAAGCUCGAGAACACCCACUCAUCAGAUGGUAAUGAAAUAAAAGAAAGUGAGAGUGAGAUUGUAGUCGCUGUGUAGGUUAAUGAACUAGAUAGCUAUAUUCUAUUCUAUCCAAUUCAAUCCAAUUCAAAGUUUGAAUACAAUACAA